AUGGGUGGCUUCUGUGGGGGGGACAGUGGCGUUGUCCUAGCUCUCCUGGUCUGGCUUCAGCUUCUUCAGCCUCUGUUCAGUGGUACUUACAAAGCCAGGGAGGAUUCCGGAGCGAUGCACAGGUCCCGGAGACCGCGGAGUGACCCAGAGGCCCCGGCACAGCAGAGCAGCUUGAAACCCCAGAGUAUUUCUCAUCUUUCAGUAGUUCCGGUGUCUCCAGACCGGACUGGGACUCCAGGAUCAGGGCCUCCUUCAGCGACCACGACCAAAAUUAUCUUGGAAUCUAGGAGGAGCUCUAGUCUAGGAGGACCGUUUUCGCCAGACACUUGCGGCCAUAGAAUUACGGAGUUUCAUCAUGGAAGUUUAUCUGCAGGGAGGAAGUGGCCCUGGCAGGUGAGCCUGCAGAGUCACAAUGAACAUGUGUGUGGAGGCUCCCUCAUCAGCCACCGAUGGGUGCUGACUGCGGCCCACUGCAUAUAUGAGCAGGACGAGUACAUGGUGAUGCUGGGUGACAACGUGCUGAAUUCUGAAUCUGAAAAUGUGACCCUGGUCCCAGUGCAAGACAUCAUUUACCCUUCCGACUUUAACAUUCAAACCAUGAGGGGGGACAUCGCCCUCGCCCUGCUGUACUUCCCCGUGAAUUACUCCUCACUCAUCCAGCCUGUGUGCCUUCCCAGGAAGCCCUUCCGAGUGAAAAACGGAACGGUGUGCUGGGUGACUGGCUGGAGCCAACACACGGAAAAUGAUACAGGGUUUGCAUCCGUUCCCCUUCAGGAGGCCCAACAAAGUAUUCUCCUCCAGAAGCACUGUAAUCAGCUGUUCCAGAGACAGCUGGGAACAUCGAAAAACCUGGUGAUUAAAGGGAUGGUCUGCGGUCAGCAAGACUCGGGAGAGAAGCCUUGUUGGGGAGAUUCUGGGAGUCCCCUGGUCUGCGAAUCUGACAACACAUGGACCCAGGUGGGGCUUGUGAGCUGGGGCUUCAACUGCGAUCAAGUCCCUGUCCUCUCAGUCUACACAGAUAUCACUGAAUACAAUGAAUGGGUCAGAUAUGUUUUAAGUCAGGCAUCCCAGACAGAUUCCAUGGGAGUCUUGGUCUUAUACCUGUCUCCAGUGCUACACCUGGCCCUCCUGGGAGCUCUGGGACCUGCCCCAUCUUAG